CUAUAAAUAUAAGAAAAUAAGAUACCACCAAAAAACCGAGAUUGCCCUUCUGCCAUUUUUUUUUCCCAUUUUUGUUACUACUAAAAAUAAGGGCAAUAUUGGUAUUAGAUGUCUCAAAUUUUUUCAUUGCUUCUGGCCCCACCUUCAAGCGCAUUUACCUAAUUGCCCUUAUCUCAUAUAACAUUGGCAUUUAACUAUGAAAGGAGAAGACAUUGGGCUUUAAUGGAAUUUCACAUUUUUGCUUCACAUCCUCCAACCAAAUUUUGAACUACUCUAAUACUCUCCAUGUUGUCACUUCCGAUACAACAUCUCUUCAUACAACAUCACACUCAAUCUCCUUCCAUCUCCCUCCAAAACGAAAAAAUUGUGAGAACUUGAACUUGAACUUGCUAUGGAUCAGAUUAAGAAGAAAUCAAAGCUUGGAUCUACUACAUUGGAGGUUGAAAAAAAGAAAUCAAAACUUGGAUCAACUACAAUGGAGGUUGAAAAAAAGAAUUUACCGCAAGGAUCUGUUUCAAUGGAGGUUAACAAAAAGAAUUCACCUCAAGGUUCUGUUUCAAUGGAGGUUAACAAAAAGAAGAAACUAACUGCUGAACCUAUAGAACAUCAAGAGAUAUCUCAAGAGACCCAAAUGGAUCGUGACACCAAGAUAUCUCAGGUGACUGAAAUCAACGAUGGCAUAAAGGUUUUGGCAGAAAACCAAGAGUUUGUUCAUAAUGUACCUCAGAAAUCUCAAGAUACCCAAAUGCUUCAAGACAAUAAGGAAAAGAAGCCUAUUGAGUAUGAUUAUGAUGCUGUUAAAGAUGUUACCAAGAAGAAAGAAAUAUGGAGACUAGGGGUGAUUUUGGAUGACAUGUGGAUUGUGUCGAAAGGAGAAUCUGAAGUGAUAAUGGAAAUGUUGCUCAGGGAUAUAAAGGGAUAUACUAUCCAAGCGACUGUGAUGACUGAUGAUAUUGAGAAGUGGAAAGAACAACUUGCACAAGGCCAGACGUAUUCUAUGCGUAAUUUUAGGGUUGCAGAUAAUGAUUCACAAUAUAAGAUGACUCCUCACAAAUUUCGAUUAAUAUUUGUUGGUGCAACAAGAGUUACUGCAGUUGAAAUUCCAGAAAUACCAAAAACACAUUUUUACUUCAAGGAUUUUGAAGAGAUCUCUAAUGGGACUUUUCGCACUGAUCUGUUAGUUGAUGCUAUAGGAGUUGUUAACUCUAUUGGGAAGAUUGUUACUGCAACUACAACAAGGAAAGCUAAUGUCGCUUUUACCAUCAAAGAUCAGCGUGAUAAGGAACUUGAUUGUACUCUGUGGGAUUUAGUAUCUGACCAAUUUAUCAAUGGUUACAACCAACGAUCUAAUAAUGAUCCAUGUGUCAUCAUUAUGAGACAUGUUCGAGUCAGAGAAGCACAAGGAUCAUACCCCUUGCAAUUAACAAAUGUGUGGAAUGGAACUAAGAUUCUAUUUGAUACAUCGAUACCUGAAAUAGAAAAAUUUCGUGCCAGCUUGCCCAAGGAAACUGUUUAUGCGUCGCAAAACAGGUCUUUUUCAACUUCUACACAAUUAUACACCCAAAGUUAUGCUGGUACUCAAUACAAUACUGAUGAAAACUUCAUGAGAAAUGCCCAAGUUCUUUCAUUGGGAGCUAUUAAAAAACUUAAAAAGGAUGCAGUUUGUGUUACUGUAGUGAACACUUCACACAUUAGGGUGUCAAAUGGAGGUUGGUUUUUUUAUGCUUGCAAUGAUGGUACAAAUGACUGCUCCUUAAAAUGUGAAGGAUCUGAACUCCCCUUUGUAUGCCGAAAGUCACACACCACAAAUGAUCCUAGAGUCAAGUACAAGUUGGAUGUUGAAGUAUACGAUGGUGACGAUACAGCCAAGUUUGUUUUUUGGGACAAUACUCUUGAUGAGAUGGUUGGCCUAACUGCAAAGACUCUACUUGAACAAGAAAAGAAGAAUGGUUACGGUGACCAGCAGGAAUAUCCUCGCCAUUUUGAUGCUAUCAUGGAACGGAAAUUUGCAGUUAGAGUUAAGUGGCAAAUUGGAUGGGGUGGGAUGGGAUCUGUUGUCAUGUGUAAGGAUAGUCCAGAUUUGAUUGCCAAAAUUGAGGAACAACUUCCUAUUGCAGAGAGUACAUUCAAAGACAUUGAAACCAUCAAUAUAAUUGAGGAAGAACUUUGUGCAAUAUCUCAAUCACCUACGAUUCAGGCUUUUACAAAAGACGAUAUUGAAAAAUUUGCUCACCUAGAUGAUGGAAUUCUAUCAACACCAAAUGUUUCAGCUUCAUCAGAGAAUGAUAUCUCUCCUUCUUCUCAAAAGACUCCAGCCAAAAGGACUGCUGCAAAGGAACAACCAGUUGAAUCUCUCAAUCUUGAUUGUCAGGCUUCAUCAACAAGAUCUGGCAAACUGAUUAAAAAAGAGAAAAUUUAAUCAAAUACUAUUUCGCCACACUACUUUUUGAAGUUGUAAUGUAUGACAAUUUGUGUGUAUGUUUAAAUUCACAGGCAUAUUAGCAUGUACAAAUUGCUUGAUACUUUUUUGUUGCCUAUCACCUUCUUGACACCAAUUUUGUGGGAAAUCAAGUAUUAAUUUGUCUUCACAAGCCCAAAAUUUAGUGAAUGGUGUAGCAAGUAUUGCUAACAAGAUUAUAAUCCUGUGAAACAUUAUAUA